UGUGUUUCGAAUCUCAACAAUCAAUCGAAUUUCGAACCUCUCUUUCUGUAUCAAUCGAAUUCGAAACAUCAACAACCAUCGUCCUUUCAACAUUAUGGAUAGGAAAUAGGACCGCAGACGAAACCGCAGGCAUAAUGGUAUCCACUGCAAGUGUUCGAAGUGCCAGCAGCAGCACAAAUGCAGAAUCAAACACGUUGCGAUACGGUGCCAUUCCUCUAUCGGAGCGAACCUCCRCCUCGCACGCAACGCACGCAUCCAUGGAAGAAGCCGAGRACGCCUCGCUGUUGCUGGAGGAAGAGCGCGCAAAAUUCGACCCGCGGUGUGUCUUCGAGUCGGAGGYGUGGGGUACGGGGGUAGCGGGAAUGGGCGACGAAAUAUCAAAUCUGCUCAAGAACAUCGUCGGCAGCGGUGGCCUGUCGAUACCCGGCGGGAUCGCCACCUUUGCUAACKCGCCUUCCGCCAUCCUGCCCUCCGUCGUUGUGUUGUGGAUCAUGGGGUUKGUGAACGCCUACUCCUUUUCGCUCCUUGGAAGGAUAUGCGCAAUCACCAAGAGCCAUACCUACGGCAUGGCGUGGGAACGAACCGCCGGACGACGAUACGGAAGCCGGUCUCAGCUCUUUGUGGAUUGCGUGGUCUUCGGGAAAGCCAUUCUCGGGACAUGGUCCUUCUCGAUCAUUAUCGCGUCGACUUGCACCCCUCUCGUCCGGUAUGUGUUGUUUAGUACUACAAACGGGACGAUUGACAGCAACAGCAGCAGCAUACCCUUGUCUCCGAUAGAGAACGGUCGCCAUGUCGACAAYGAUAUGUUUUUGUACGAAGUGCGAGAGGUAUCUCCGGAUGUCGUCCUGGCAACAAUAACCCUAUUCGUGCUGUUGCCGUUAUGUCUGUCGCAGCGCCUGGGUUCCCUAUCGGURUUUAGCGCCAUUGGCACUCUAGGAACGUUUGUGACGAUUACGACGAUGCUGUUGCGCUUUUUCGACGGCAGCUACMAGGAGGGCGGGGAGUUUUUCGGUGAUUUGGAACCGAGGCAGCGCCCGAGUUUUGGCACGGAGAGGGGUGCCGCUGCCUUUUUCACGUCUCUGAAAUCCCUCACGCUGGUUUCGAUUCUGUCGACCGGAUACGUCGCCCACUACAACGCACCCAAAUACUAUUACGAACUGAAAGACCACACCACGGGAAAAUUCAACGUCGUUGUCACCUUUGGUUUUUUGUUUGCAGCGAUCACCUAUACACUCACCGCAACCCUUGGAUUCUUGACCUUUGGACAGAACUCGCUUGGAUUCAUUCUGGACAAUUACUCCUACCGAGAUCCGAUGGCGACGGCGGCUAGAUUUGGGGUUGCCGUCUCGGUAAUCUUUGCCUAUCCCUUGCUCUUUCACGGCGGCCGAGACGGGUUGUUGGAUUUGCUCAAAACCUUGUCGUCAUCGUCRUCUGCUUCCAAUACGCACGUGCGCGUCGAYGAUACUGCAGAUGCGGGUGCAGAUGCCGGUACAGGUGCAGAUGCAGAUGCAGAUACGAGCAGAAACACAAACACACUCUKGGUUGGUCAUAGUCGGACGGAAUCAAACGUCGUAACUGUUCUGUUGUUGUUCACCGUGACGUCCCUGGCCAUCUCCGUCAACGAUCUAACCUUUGUGCUAAGCUUCAGCGGUGCCACGAUGAGUUCAUUGAUUAUAUACAUCUUYCCACCGUUAAUGUUCUCGGCGCUGGUCAAAAAUUGUUGUUGUUACGUGAAUGAGGACACCGAUCGAGAAGURAAACUCGGCACUGCUAUGAUGAUCGCCGGGAUUGUUUUAGGGGUUGCCGGUGCCUACGUAGCGGUAGAGAGAGCUUUUUUUUAAAGUGCUGAUGAAAUCGAUCAGAAAAGAACACGAGAUAGCGAGGCAGUUUGACUAGAGGGAGAAUGACCAGAACAAUCUGCGUUUCGAUGAGGAUUUUUUAAUUGUCGCACUCCUUUUAUCGUAACUUGCUGUAGGGAGAAUCAAAAGAGACUUUCCCAUUUUACCCGGAGGUAAAGGGCAAUCCAUUCUACAAUUUGACCAACUAUGCGGAWUUUUUUGUUUUUCCASACCAGUAAAGACACAAAUACGAGUGUUCUUCAGUUGAAUGAGGUGGUAUGGAAUUCACCCUUAUAAURAAUUUGUCACUGACAUGCUGGUCUUGCUSGUMCUCACGAAGUUCGCCAUCGUCGCACUAAUCUUGUCGAUGGAUCAAUGGAUGUCUCGCUUAUCACUUCCCGGUGCACAGUACCAGCUACUGCAAUUCGAAAUAAAAUUAACCCUAGAAU